AUGAUGGCGUUCAUUCGUUCGCUCGUGUUUUAUCAACCGUGUGAUGACGACUGUAAGCCGCUUGGACUGAUUUCCACUCAUUCGAUGGAAUCGAAUCCAGGUGAGUCGAACGGCUCCAUUGGCUCACUCGGCCGUCACCUUAGAAGUGGUUAUGUCUUGAUCACAAUCGAAGACGAGUUUUUUCGUAAAGACAAAAACCUGUUGUGA